AUGUUCACUCUGCCUCAGAAGGAAUCCAGGGCACCUGCCACCUGUCCGGGCUCAGCCUCCACACAGGACCUGGACAGUAACUAUGGGGAUGGUCUGGAAAGAGAAUGCUCCAGAAAACCAGACCGGAAGAUGCUAGAGUUUUGUGGAGCGGGUGAUCCCACUGCCAUGUUGUCCUCGGGCAGCUCCUACCUGUCCUCUAGGGGAGGCGUCAUUAAGUGGUUCUGGGACUCGGCAGAGGAGGGUUACAGGACCUACCACACGGACGAGUAUGAUGAGGAUAAGAACCCCAGUGGCAUCAUUAACUUGGGCACCAGCGAGAACAAACUCUGCUUUGACCUGCUGUCCAGUCGGCUGAGUCAGAGCGACAUGCUGCGGGUGGAGCCGUCCCUGCUGCAGUACCCUGACUGGAGGGGACAUCGGUUCCUCCGGGAGGAAGUGGCCAGAUUCCUGUCUUUCUACUGCAAGAGCCCCACACCCCUUAAGCCAGAGAAUGUGGUGGUUCUGAAUGGCUGUGCCUCUCUCUUCUCGGCUCUGGCCACGGUGCUGUGUGAGGUGGGGGAGGCUUUCCUGAUCCCCGCCCCUUACUAUGGAGCCAUCACACAGCACGUCUAUCUCUAUGGCAAUGUCCGUCUGGUCUGUGUCUAUCUGGACAGUGAGGUCACUGGGCUGGACACACGCCCCUUCCAGCUCACUGUGGAGAGGCUUGAGAUGGCCCUGCAGAGAGCUAAUUCUGAGGGUGUGAAGGUUAAAGGUCUCAUCCUCAUCAACCCCCACAACCCUCUGGGCGACAUCUACUCCCCAGGAGAGCUGCGGAACUACCUGGAAUUUGCCAAGAGGCACGAGCUGCACGUGAUGGUGGAUGAGGUCUACAUGCUGUCCGUGUUUGAGAAGUCGGCAGCCUACUGCAGCGUCCUGAGCCUGGAAGGGUUGCCUGACCCCCAGAGGACCCAUGUGAUGUGGGCAACCAGCAAGGACUUCGGGAUGUCUGGGCUCCGCUUCGGCACGCUGUACACAGAAAACCAGGACGUGGCCACUGCGGUGGCCUCCCUCUGCCGCUAUCACGGCCUCAGUGGCUUGGUCCAGUACCAGAUGGCACAGCUGCUCCGGGACCGUGACUGGAUCAACCAGGUGUACCUACCGGAGAACCAUGCCCGGCUCAAGGCUGCCCACACCUAUGUGGCAGGAGAGCUCCAGGCCCUGGGCAUCCCCUUCCUGAGCCACGGGGCGGGCUUCUUCAUCUGGGUUGACCUGAGGAAGUUCCUGCCUGAGGCCACCUUUAAGGAGGAAAUGCUGCUUUGGCGCCGCUUUUUGGACAACAAGGUGCUGCUGUCCUGUGGCAAGACCUUCGAGUGUAAAGAGCCCGGCUGGUUCCGCUUGGUCUUCUCGGACAAGGCCCACCGGCUUUGCCUAGGGAUGCGGAGGGUCCGACAGGUGCUUGGGGGCAAAUCCCAGGUGGCCGAAGAGCCCCAUUCCUGUCAGACCCAGGAGCCAAGGAGCCAGCGCAGGUGA